AUGGAGCACACAGUGACAGAGUCCGAUGUUUGGGCAUCGCCCAGCCAGGACGACCACCGUGAUGCGCAUCCGAAAACGCCCAAGACGCCCAUGACGCCCAAGACUCCGGCGGCUCGGGAUGGCCGUGUAGAGCCAGUGGAUCGGGAUGAAGCCCUGCGAAUGGAGCUGGAAGGCGUUCGAACCAUCAACAAGUCUAUCGAAGGUGUCCUCGCGACCUUGGGCCGGACUGGCGGAAACAUGGAGGUUGUAUCCAAGACCGUUGCCAACACCUCAACGCUGCUCAAUACUUGGACGCGAAUGCUAUCGCAAACCGAACACAACCAACGACUUGUGCUCAACCCAAGCUGGCAAGGAGCAACAGAGGAUGUCGUCGAGCAGGAGGCUGAAGCUUUGAGAAAGCAUCGAGAGGCUGAGCGCAAGGCCGCAGAGGAGGAAGAGCGGCGAGAAGAAGUGCGCCGGCGGCGCGAGGAAGGAGAGGCUAGGCGGAGACUUGGCACAUCGUCCUCGUCUCGUGUUUCCAAAGUCGCUUCGGGGGUUCGGGGAGCGGCCUCCGGCAGCCGUGUACGCUCAAGGGGAGUCGCAGCUUCAACCUAUUCUUCGGCUUCCAGCGGUAGAUUCGGAACGUCGAGCAGUCGUGGCACAUCAGGCAUCGGAAGAGGGGCUGGGUCGGCCAGGGGACGUUCUAGAGCGGCGAAAUAA